AUCGAAAAUAGCACCCUCUUCCGUGCAACAGCAUACCACUUACGAAUUCGAUCUGCUACCACAGCGUUCCAAUGGGUAAAGGGCCAUAACGGUGACCCAGGCAAUGAAGCCGCUGAUGCCCUAGCGAGGGAAGGAGCCGAAAAAGACCAGCCUGACGAGAUAGACCUCACCGUCCCGGCAAACUUUGCCCUCCCCGGUGUGAAACUAUCUGCACUCACCCAGCACCUCGCCUAUGAAGCUAUCCGAGCACGGAAACACCUCGCCUAUGAAGCUAUCCGAGCACGGAAAGUCGCCACCACUCAACCGCGCAAACAUGCAACCUACAAUAUUUCCCGGAUGCAAGAUGGACUCCACGAUGUAACGCACUCACUGGAACCAGCACCCCAGUUGUGGAACUCUUGCCGCAACCUAAACCUGCGACCACUAGUCAGACAAUUUCUCUACAAGGCCAUUCAAAGAGCGCACAAGAUCGGGGACUACUGGCUCCCCAUCGCGGGCUACGAAACCCGUGCCAUAUGCCCUACCUGUGAGGACUGCUCCGACAACCUAGAUCACAUACUGCUUGAAUGUCUAACACCAGCCCGAGAAAUUGUCUGGAUGCUUACCCAAGACCUAUGGCCAGACUCCUUUGGCCCUUGGCCAGCCCUUAAUUUUGGGGCCUUGCUGAGCUGUGGCAAACUUGCAGUGCCACUGCGCGACACCCUGCACCAUGACGACCAGGAUUCUGAUUCCGACUCCACUAUCGACCAUGAGCCCCCACUCACGAAACCCCACCCCGGAGCCUCCCGGCUUCUUCAAAUCUUAGUAUCCGAAGCCAUCUACCUCCUAUGGGUCCUUAGGUGCGAACGCGUUAUCCAACAACGAACCCAUUCCCCCAAAGCUAUUGCCUCACGCUGGUCCAGAGCAAUAAACCGUCGCCUUAGCAUUGAUCACGUCGUCGCCUGUAAACUGAAACGCUCUGAGAAGGAAGUCAAAAAGGUAGUUCGGACC